GAUGCGUGCCAGGUUUAGAUUAUGUUAAAGUAUGGAUUGGUUGACAUGGUUAAGCGAAUGAACUAUAUACAUGAUAUAUGAAUCUGCGAAACUGCGCUGACUUUUGGGCGCACGACACGUUCAAGAAUCCUGUCUAGAGUCGUUGUGAAGUAUUUAACGUUAUGUUGCAGGGUAACAUGGACCGUCCCGAAGUUACAUUUACUUUGGCGUAUAUUGUUUUUGUUUUUUGCUUUGUCUUCACACCAACUGAAUUUAUAUCAGCGGGAGUUACAGUGCAAAAUCUGUUUUCAGGAUGGCUAGGAAGUGAAGAUCUAGGUUUUGUUCAGUAUCACAUAAAGAGAACAACCGUAACUCUUCUCGUUCAUUCCAUAUUGCCACUGGGUUAUUAUUUCGGGAUGUGUAUUGCAGCUCCAGAUAAGAACCUAUGGUACGUCCAUUCGGCGAACGACAUCUGGCAGCUGUACUUUACCAUAUCAGUCGCCCUUCCCCUAUUCAGCUUGGUGCUCGUCCUUCACUGGUCACGGAACAAAUGGGGAAAUCAUCCUAUUUCCAAGAGCAUAGGCGCACACGCACUUCCACAAUCAAGCUGGAGGGCAGUGUCGUCUUCUAUCAACACAGAGUUUCGUCGUAUUGACAAGUUCGCCACGGGUGCCCCAGGUGCCCGGGUUAUCGUCACAGACACUUGGGUCAUGAAGGUUACAACCUACUACUUGCAUGUGGCACAGCAGCAGGAUAUCCACCUGACCGUUAUAGACUCAAAGCAGCAUGAGCUGUCGCCGGACUCUAACGCUCCAGUGCAGAUUCUGACCAUCACUGUGGCCAGCAUUAAUCCCAGUGUAAAGCCUUUUGACAUAAGAUUGAAUUCUACAGAGUAUGGGGAGUUGCGUGAAAAACUGCAUGCUCCGAUCAGAAACGCAGCCAAUGUCGUCAUCCACCAGACCCUGAGUGACCUGUUCCUGGAGACGUUUAAAUCCCAUGUGGAAGUGAACCAGAUCUACUCACUCCCCAGUGGACUGGAGCUGGAGCCCUGCAUUGGCUGCAUGCAGGUUUGCGCCAACACCAAGCUGCUGCGGCUGUGCCAGGAUGACGGCCAGUACGAGGGUGAAUGCCAGCAGUGUUACUGCCGUCCCAUGUGGUGCCUCACCUGCCUAGGCAAGUGGUUUGCCAGCCGACAGGACCAGCAGCACCCUGAGACCUGGCUGGCCAGCAGGGUGCCCUGCCCUACGUGCCGGGCCAAAUUCUGCAUUCUAGAUGUGUGUCUGGUGCAGUGACCCUUUAGUGUGCCUUUUCCCAUUGACUGAGAUGUGUACUUUGAAAAGGUUGAGUAUGUGAAAAUAUUCCUCAGGAAAGAUUUUCAUUGGACGUAGCAAACAUACCAAUAAUAAGACUUUGCACAAAAAUGUAUAGUUUAUUCUUGGUAAACCAUAUACACUAUGGGUUUUAUUCAUGUAAUAGCCACUAGGUGCUCUUAAAGGUUUUUUUCACCAGCCAGUAAUGGUGACAAGGGACAUUUUGACACUCUUACCAUGAUAGUGUUGCUUAUGGCAUUACUGUAAGGAUGGUUAUACAUACGGGAUUUUGAUGAUCUCUGGCUGUCACUCUUUAUCAGGUGGUUUCACUGUAGAGAUUCCAUCUAGCCAUGACAUGAUCUUUUUAUUACUCCUUCAUAUUUGUGUUAUGCUCCAUUAUGAUUUCAUUGCUAAGGGAACUGCGCUAAUUAAAAUUUAACUGGCUUACUUGGUGAUUAAAAAGUAGAUUUAAAAUAUUUUUAUUUGGGGUAGUUUGAUUUCUUCGGGGGGGGGGGGGGAUCUCUCAAAUGAACCAAAAAUUACAGUAUUUUAUGGCUUCAGAGGUGAUUUCUGAAAGACACAAAUUUCAGUGAAAAGGCAGAAAAUGAAAAAUGAGAAAGCGGAAAUGUUUCUUCAGUUCUAUUAAUCUCUAAUUAUCAGUUGUAAAUGCAAUCAUAAAUAAACAACCUGUGUGGCAAGGCUGUGUUUUAUUCCUUUAAAAUUCAGCAGUGAAAGAAGGUAUCUGGGAGAUUUAUGACGACAAUUUAAUUUUAAAACCUAAUAAAAGAUUUUGCCCAAAAUGUUUCAGAAUUAUGAAAUAAUUACUUGUGUGAAAAGCCAGCGUGCUCCCAUAUGUUUUUAGAUCAUAGUGCCAAGUAGUUAUUUUUGGUAAAAAAUUAACUGUACAAAAAUUAAAUGCAAAAAAACGUUUUUUAAUGUUACUGGCACUGAUUUGAGCAAGCAUCAGAGUAUUGCCUUAUACAUUCCACCAACUAUAAUUUUACUUAUACAACUUAAGCAUAGGAUGCUUUGUAGUAGGGGGCUUUGCAGUAAUGUGUUUAUGAAGGCAGAUAUGAUCUGGAAGUCAUUAUUUACUACACACUAUUGCUGCAGUUCAGUUUAUUGAAAGCUCAUUAUAAUUUAGUACUUCGAGGAUAUUGUGAUCUCAUUGUGCUAUAUUGCAAACAGUUACAUAAAAAGCAGUGACAGAAUUAUUUAACUGAUCAAAUUAAAGACUGAGGUGAAUCAGUAGAUGCCCAAUUGGUGAAAUUGUGGUCAUUAAAACUAACCAUCAGGUAGAUAAUGAAGAUUUCAAAGACAAAGUGAAUGAUAGGCCUAACCUGUAUUGUGUUAAGUUUAAGAAAAAUUUGUGAAAAAAUGUAAAGGUGUUAAACAAUUUAAUUUGAAUCCUGUUGGUUGCAGUGAUCUUUAUAUGCUUGGAAUCAUUACUUCAGGCCUUCUUGGCUCUCUGGAUUCUGUGGCCUCCCUGUCUCUACCAUAAGAUCUCUGCAGCUCAUCCAGAAUUCUGCUGCUUGACUGAUGUACAACCUCCCCAGACUCAGCCGUGUCACUCCCCUUGUCAUCUCUGUCCUCUGGCUACCUCUAUUGGCUUGUAACAAAUUCAAAACCUUGGUGCUAGCCUAUCAGGAAGCUAACUGGACAACCCCAUUAUAUCUUUAAAAAGCCCUACACACCUACCUACCAGACCUUUCCAUUCUGCUACCUCUGUGAAUCUGGCAUCCCUGCCCCCCGUGUGCCAAAAAUAUUUUGUGACUCAACCAUUUCAGAAAAUAACACAUUAGUGAAUCUGCCAUAUUGAAGAUCCUAGGUUGCAAAUAUGUAACAUUUAUUCUUCCUGACUAGGGCUCCCAGAGGUCACAAUAGCCUCUUUGUCAAGCCCCUUCUCAGACAAUUAUCCCAUUUGCACCACCUCUAUAAUCAUAAAUUCCUGAUACCAGCUGUUCUGUAUUUUGCUGCUAAUAAUGUUUUUUAAUCGGACUAAUGAAAGAUUAAUUCCUCAUGUUUACCCUGUACUUGCUGGAACAGUGGUAAAUACACCUGGAAGAAGAUAUAUAUUUCUCCUAUGCACAAUGAUGUAGAUUGUUUGGAAGAAAAAGGAAAAUUCAAGUGCUGCAGUUGGAGAUCAACAAAACUUGGUUUUAUCUUGGGGACCCAAGUCUCCAAAUCUACCAUCAGAUGAUACUUCCAUGUCAACAAGAUUUAUGUAAUGGGUUGUCAGAAAAAAGCCUCUAUUGAGGACAAGCAACAAAAAUAAGCAUCUAGAGCUUACUUCCUUAAAAAAUGAAGGGGGUCUGACAGAAAAUUUGUGGGAACCUCUGGGCAAAUGUACAUUUGCAUUUGGGCAACAACAAAAAAAAGCUUCUUGUUA